UUGUAUAAAAACUGAAUAAGUUACUAUCUCACAGUUUAUUGUAUAAAAACUAAAUAAGUUACUAUCUCACAGUUUAUUGUAUAAAAACAAAAUGAGUUACUACCAGCUCACAGUUUAUUGUAUAAAAACUAAAUAAGUUACUACCUCACAGUUUGUUGUAUAAAAACUAAAUAAGUAACUAUCUCACAGUUUAUUGUAUAAAAACUAAAUAAGUUACUUUCUCACAGUUUAUUGUAUAAAAACUGAGUAAGUUACUAUCUCACAGUUUAUUGUAUAAAAACUAAAUGAGUUGCUACCUUGUAACCUCGCUGGCCACAUUUUUUUAAAAAUAGAAUAAAAUAGAAGAACAUUUAAAAGGGAAAUAUUUCUUUCAUGUUAAAUGGCAUUUCUUCAGGAAAGCUGAUUUCAGAUAUUUUAAUUGAUUUCCGGUCCUGCUCUGGAUCUGACUGAGUUGAAAAUAUGCUAGACAACGAGUAUACAGAUUUGGAGGCACGUCUUAAUUUAGAUUUUAAUCUGGAUUUAGAUCUUAGGCUGAAGAGCGAAUAUGAAUCUGGAUCUGAUGUCAAAUCACUCUCGGAAAUUGAAUCAAAAUCGGAAAUUGAAUCAAAAUCGGAAAUUGAACCAAAAUCGGAAAUUGAACCAAAAUCAGAAAUUGAACCAAAAUCUGAAGUUGAGCCUAGAUCUGAUACUGAGCCAAGGUCUGAAAUUGAGCCUAUGUCGGAGAUUGAGCCAAGGUCGGAGAUUGAGCCAAGGUCGGAGAUUGAGCCAAGGUCUGAAAUAGAGCCUAGAUCUGAGAUUGAGCCAAAAUGUGAGUUUGAUGCAAAACGAGAUAUUGCAGAAAAUCUUGAUCUUCUCCUUUUUGAUCUUGUUCUUGCUGGCAAGGUAAGUCUUCUCAUUCUAUGGCUAUUUUCUUCAUUCUGAUCAUUAUUUGCUUGAUCUUGAUCAUUAUUUUCUUCAUCUUGAUCGUUUUUUGCUUGAUCUUCACUAGUUUCAGGAUCUUCCAAAACAUAAUUGUUCGAUGCGUCUUUAACUAGGUUUGUUCUUUUCUCCUUUGUAUUCUUAAUAUCUCCUUCUUCUUGAUCCUUUGCUUUAGAAACAAGAAUAGUUGGAAUCCUUCUAACCCUGGACAAGAGUCUUAAUCUGCUCUUGGGAACAUUAAUUGAGGAGUC